GUUUUGAGACAUAACUACCUCAUUUUACACUAAUUAUAGAGUUUGCUCCAUGCCCUCAUUUAUCCUCCCUCAACCGCGAGUCCUACAAUAUUUUGGUUCCCUCAAGAUUCUCUACUGCCAACAAGAGGCUUUAUUUUUGUGGAGUUAGUAAGAAAGACAGCAGUUCUUACCUUUAAGAACACUCUGGACAUUAAUACGCUGGUGAGAGGAGAGAAGUGUUCAUGCAGGCAUGACACCAUCUACUUGUUGCGCUGGAGAUUGAGCCCCAUUACUUAUUGUGAUGCACAACCUGAGAGGUGACCAGUCAAGACAUUGAUUUAUAGCUGUCAAAGCUAUGAAGAGAACAUGGCCCACCGUUUAUCAGUAACGAGCAGAUGACAGGAUUUUCCUACUUUUUGCACAAAGAAAACGUUCAUGGUAAUUAAAAAAGGCAACACCCCGCCAAAAUUGGCCCCAGUGAUGGAAGAACCAGCAAAGAAAAAACCUAAAUUUGAAGGUGGAGAUGGGAGUUCUAACCAAGACUUAGAAAUUCUACAAGAAAACCUUUUGAAUGAGUGUCUUUGUGGCAUUUCAGAAGCGAAUUUGCGCAAGUCUUUCCGCGGAAUGGGUGCAGAUGGGGAAGAUUCUGGAGAAUACUGGACUACCGCUGUAGCCAAAUGGAGUCGGGACAGAGUUCUACAAUUUGUGAGUUGCAUUCAAUUAGUUUGUGAAAUAGCCAUCAAACAAAAUAGUCGAGGGCUGUUAUGCUCGCGGAUUGGAGAUGUCUGUGAUGUACUCGUCAGGAAUGAGGAAGGGCUCGUUGAUCAACUAAUAGAACUUUCCUCACACCAUGAUCCAUUUAUUUGUUUUGCUGCAGGACGUGCCUUAUCUGCUUUAUUUUUAUUAGGAAAAACAAAUAUCGAUCAGCUAUGGCUUGAUCGUUUAACAGAUAAUAUUUUAUAUUCUACACCAAAUAGUAUGGCUUUUUCACUUGAUGCAAUAAAAAGAGUCAUAGAGUGGAAAGAUGAAGAAGAACAUCCUCUUGAAGUGAGGCGACCAGAUGACAGGCCAGUAGCAAAUUGUCGGUUAAUUUCAAUAACAGAUCCUGAUUGCACUGAUAGUAGUCCUGUUAAAUGUCUGUGUAUCAAAGCUCUAGAAUUAAAAUGGCCUGCUAUUGUUACAAGGUUUGAAAAUUUGAUUGCAUCUCAUGAUUCUAAAUCUGAAGAAUCGACAAUUGUGACGUUUCUAGAUUUAUGGGAAGCUAUCAUAUCAGUGAAGGCAAACUUGUCUGUCAGUGACACCAAACCAUUCUACUCUCACCUAAAUCAGUUUCUUUUAAUUCUAAAUUCAAGAGUAGGUCCGGUCAUCUGGAAACAUACUUUAAGUUUGUUUAAUGAAGUAUUAUGUUACGGUAGCACAUUAGCUUUACAAGAUAUAUUAGCAGAAGAACCUUGUGGUCUAGCCCAUUUAAUAGUUAGGAGCAUCAAAGAUUGGCGACUUUUAGAAUCUUUACCGUACAGGGGAGGUAGUGGUAGGUUUGGUGGUGGAUCAGGGGAUGGCAACAAACCUUUACUGCAAAAAAUGGUACUUCUCGUCUUGAAAGCUGUAGCUGUAACUGUGAAAGAAACUCGCUGUGAAUCAUCUAGUGAUAGUUCGCUUGGAUCUGAAGCAGAAGAUGCUGAUGCUGACAUGGCCGUAAUAGAAAGGAGUAUCAAAGAAGUUCUGAGGCAGUUAGAUAAUUGUGUCAAAACUUUGCUGCCAUUCCAUCCUGAAACACCUCUUGCUCAGUGGGUCGUACACUUGUUUUCAGACCAAGAUGAUGCACUAGUUGAGGGCAUGGUGUGUUGUUUGGAUGUUGCAACAGGGCUUUGUUAUCGUCCAGGUGCCUCACUUGAUUUGAGGCAUUCGUUAAGUCCAUCAGUUACUUUUGUUCAAUUUUUGCGGACCGUCUCACAUGAUCCUGAUGUUCUCCUAGACCUUCUAAUAUCAAAUGAAACAUGUUUCCUUCUAUAUUUACUCCGACUACUGAAGUUCGUGAGGCACAAUAGGUCAGAUUUUAUAAUGCAAUGUGGUUUUGAUGUAGACAGUACAAUGAAAGUUUUCAAAGAUUUAAGGUCCGCCAUUGAUAGACUCGUUGCAAAAGAUUUAUUCCCCUAUAAUAUUAAUCCUGUGCUGAGACUACUUCAGCAAUGCGAGCAGGUUUAAAGCAAGUUUGCAAAGGAAACUUUCUUGUGUCUGAGAAAUUUAGCUCUCAAAUUAAUUAAUUUUAUCAAAAUUUUGUACAUGUUUAGACCAUGUAACACUUCUUUAUUAUUAGUUUAAUAUAUUUCUCUCUGGGUGCAGUUUAAUUCCAUCAAAAAAUCAAAGUGUUUUUUGUUGAGUUAAUUAAAACUUUGUGUCCAUAAAUUAGAGCAAUGCUUUUUUAAGCCCCAUAUAAUUUAGUACACAUGUACCGAAAGGCUUUGAAAAAGUAAUUGAUACAUGGAGGCUUAGCACUAGUUGCAUUCCGUACAAAAGUAACAACACUAAAUUUAUAUGAGAGUAUAACUCUAGCCAAUGACUUGUUACAAAGCAAUUUGCCCACUGCCUGAUUUAACAGUUGAGUAGUGAAAAAAUCACAGCAGUGCUGCAAAAUACAGUGUCUUCUCAUUAACUCAAAAAUUCACCUUACUUUAGUAGAUCAAGUGCACGUGCUAUGGUUUUGGCUCUCAAAAAAUUGAAACUAGUGGGGCACAAGGCUUCUCUUGACUGAGGACAAGCCAGUAAGCGUAAAGCUAGCCUCUAUGUGCUGUCCUGAAGCAGAAACUUCUGAGCAGCUACAGUCUCAAUUUAUUUAAAAGCUAAAAUCGUAUUAUGAGCAUAUGUUGCCCAGUAGCCAUACACUUUUUCUCCGAAGUUUGGUGUAUUUAUUUGCUGCGUUGCAUCAAUUUUCUCACAAUUCAACAAUUACUUGUUCUUUAAGCGUAUUGACCACAGAAUGCAAAUCUCAAAUUGCACCAUUGCAAGUUCACCCUCCUACUUCAUUCUUCAAAUGACAAAAUGAGCUAUGUUGUAUCUUAAAAAUAUCCAGGAUUAUUCCCUUUGAGUGAAUAAUUUUCCCUAAAAAUGUUAAGGAACGAAAUGGGUUCAUUUCCCUCUGGAAAAAUAAAUGGAUAUUCUUGGAUACAUCUACUUAUUUUGGGAUGUAGAUGCAAGAUUACAGGAAGUUCUACAAUCUCGGUCACUUCUCUUGACCCAGUGUCUAUCUCUCAAGACAGGUCGUAUAGGCACAGCUUAUACGUUUUUUUUUGUUGUUAUCUGUGAACCCACGAAGUUUAACUAAAGGGCUUGGAGGACGAGGUGCAGAAGUGUAGUUUUCGAAAAAAAUUGAGAUAUUAGUAGUUUCAACUAAAUCUAGGUUUGAAAUGAAUUCUGUGAAAAAUGCACCCGUAAAAUUCAAUUUUUCGAAUCGAAAUGUGGGUUUGAACUUCCUUUCCACCAUAAGGCUUCAUAUAAUCCAGAAACUUUAAGCGUUUAAAAAUAGUCCUCCAAGCCCCUCAAUUUUUCUCAAAGUCUGUCUCUUUCCUCGUGUUUGCCUUGAUCCAGGGAUCUAGCAUUUUCUGUACCCUUGUAUGAGUU